CUGCAGGACGGGAAGGAAUUCAGUGCAGCAUAACAGUGUUUUAUAUAAGGGGAUUCACUGAUAAAAGGUGUCAGGGUGAACGUGUUACAGACUACUUCUGGCAGCGUGUGAAUUGGGCCUGUAGGGUAUUUCUGAGGAGCAGCUUGUGUACACAAGCUUACAGGUGGUGUAGGUGAAGGAAAUAGAGGAACCUGAACUCGUGGUGAACCCAGCUUAGCUCAGAAAUACGUGUGUGUGUGAGGUAACAUCCAUGUCAGAGCCAUGUCUGUGUUUGGAAAUAGUUUGUAAAACCUGUUGAGUAUACAUGUGAUUUGUUUUUCUUUUCUAGUUUUUCAAACUAUACUAAAUGCUUAAGAUCCUUCUUGACCCUUGCUCAGACAAGCAAUCCAGUGCAUAUUGUAUUAUUUUUUGAUUUUUGAUCAAAUAAUUCCCAGGGGGAAAAAAAAACCCUGUAUUUUUCUUUUGCUUUGUUUAAACUGAAGAGAUCUGAGUGUUAAAUUCUGUGAAUGACUGGUGUUUUACAGUGCAGGGUCUGUAGGCAGAUAAGGCACCUCUGCAUCCAGGAGAGGUGCAGACGGGUCUGUCCUGCUGUGUUUCCCCCCUUUGCAGAUAUCCAGCUCAGCCUCAGGCACAGGCUCCCCUCUGCCUUUCCCACUUUGGCAGCUGGAAGGUGACAUUUCAAAACUGCUAGAGCAAGAUUUGCAGGAAGGCAACAUGUAAAUGUGAUAGAGCUGAGCAUGUGACACUGUUACUGAUAGGCUUGUGAAAUUGUUUUGCUGAAGCAAACCUGCAGAAGUAAUUAGCUGGGCAGAAAUUGGAGGAAAGUACAUUUAAAAACAGUACGUUCUGCACUGAAGUGGAGUUCUUUCUCCUUUUUAGUAUCUUAUUUGUGAUUUUAGAAUAUUUAUCCCCUUGAGUAGUUUUUACUCUGGAUUUUUUUUUUUCAUUCUCCCAUUUCAUUAAACCAUGAGGACAUUAAAAAUAAAAAUCAUUUGCUGACCACUAAUUUUGUGAUGUUCCAAGCAUAAAGAAGACAUUGCUUCCUUCAGUGAGGAGUUGUAGCCCAGAGCCCUUGUUUCUGGUUAUUAAUGAUUGCAUAAUACAGUGCUGUCUUAACUUCUCACAUAAUGAGAAAGAUAUAAUCUUGAAGAAUUUUUCCUUAGUUGCUGUGUUUUGCCCCCUCAUGCAACAUCAGGGUCUUGUUUUUCAUUUCAGGCUGUCUUUGGAGAAGGUCCAUUAGCUUUUGUGAAAUUCAUCUGAUUUAAAUCUGUGAUGCUGGAAUUGAGCCUUUUGUGUUUAUAUUUAUAUUUGCAUUGUUAUAUUUCCCUUUGCUGCUUUGUUUCUGCCACUUCCUCAUGCGAGUAGUACCUGGUUAGUUGCAGCUGAAGUUCAGUGCAGGAUUUUGGCAGCUGGGGGUGGUUGCUGGUGUUGUUUUGUAUCGGCUGUGUCAUUCCAGGGUGAGGUGGUUGUGCAAUCCGUGGGAUAGAAUGUCAGCUACAGAUCAGAUUGUCCAUUUGUGCCUCGUUAGUCGCUCUGAAGCAAUCAGUUAUUAGAUAGGCUCGUUGCAACAGCGUUUUUCAGGCAUCACUGUGACAACUGGUCCUAUUUUAAGUCAAAUUAAAACUAAUAUUUUGUAGGGUAAAUGAGCCCCAGACCAAGAAUCUACCUUGUAAAUUUGUGUAAAAAAUUUUAUUGGGAGAGGGAUAGUUUUAGAACCUCUUUUCUCAAUGAGUGAAGGGACAGCCUGCAUUCUUUCCUUGCUGUUUGCUCAGAUGGUGCCUUUUAAAGGUGCUGUGUAAAAAGGCUGUUUAAAAAAAGCACGUUCAUUGUGUUCUAUAUUAAGUGGUGACGUGGCCAGUCUGGGACUGGGUAAUUGCAGCUCUGAGGAUGGGAGCUCCUCAGGAAAUGAAGUUGCCGUGAGGAGUUGGUGUUUCCUGACUGUGGAUUCAGGGAAACUGAAUAAAAUCUUGGGAGGCAUGAAAAAAAUUUCCAUGAACUUAAAAAUAAUUCAGUUUGUGGCCUUGUGGACAUACGAAUAAAUAUUACAAGCAUUUGGAAUUGUGCCAAUGCCGGGCCCAAGAGGGUGCUUUGCCAGCCUUUUGCUACCUCAGUAUGUCCUGGUGUACAUUCCUCCAGGUCAUUUUUAAGGUCAGGAGAGGCAAAAAGCCCAGUUGUGGUAGAUUGAUUGCUCUCACUAACUCUUACGUGCAUUGUUUGCAAAGUCAGCUGCAUUUUCUUCACCUACACACUUUAAUAUUGGCACAUGCUCAGGUUUGAGUAUUUGAUUUCUGCAACUUCAGUGCUCUGAUAGUGUGAGUGUGUGUUUGCAUGCUGGGAGGAACCUUUACACUUGUACUUGAAACUGGAAGGUGUUCAAGGAAAAACUUCUGCUAAUAAUUCUUUGCCAGUAGUGCUUUGGAGACGGAAAAUUUUGCUGUACUCAGCAAGUUGCCCUUUGUUCAUGUUUCCAGUAAUUUUACACAAAAAAUGUAUUUCAUCUUUCAUUCUGUUUUGUGUGCCAGCAGUUUACAAUAAUUUUUAAUCAAGUCAUAGAUUAUCAGUGAACUAAUUUUUAGGUGUUAGGAGUGAGCAGGUAAAAACUUAUGGUCAAGGUUACUUGUUGAGAUCAGAGGUUGUUAUUUAACUCUAGUGUUAUAAGAUUUCAGUAUGAUAGAUUUUAUAAUGAAAAUGAGUGGUUAGUCAAUUAAAUUUUUGCUUUUAAAAUUUCAGUCUUCUCCCCAUCCCAUUUUUGGCUAGUGCUGUUAUAUUAGUACUUUGGAGGCUCCAGCUGAAAUGAGGAUCACACUGAAAAAAGGGAAAAGUUGAAGCUCUUGACCAUUAUUCAGGACAUUUUUGGCUUCUGUUAGCCAGGUGAUCUGCUGGAGCUGAGAUCUUGAGAGUUUUUAUCUUGCACAGCAAUGCAGUACCAGCCAUUCUGGGACAUUCAGAAAUUGCCCACAAUGUCCCAGACAGCUCUUUUCUGGCUAUGUUCUGCAUUUAACACCUGGCAGUGCUGCACUGCCCUGGGCAAGGUGCACGCUGAUUUGCCCUGUGCCACCUCCAAGAAAGGUCACCCGUUCUUAGAGUGAGCAAACAAGUAUCGUGUCUAAUGCCUGUGAUGCAGCUCAGAGUGUGUCAGACUGAACACUGAGGUGUUUUAAUUUUUCAGCCCGUUGCACCUAGAAGGAGAAGUUCUGCAAGUUUUUCUCAAUGACUCUAUAGCCAACUGAUGUAACAAUGGUACUAAUAUUGGGACGCAGACUGAACAGAGAGGAGAGCGGGAUACGAGAUUCCCCUGCAACCAAGCGGAAAGUCUUUGAAAUGGACCCAAAGUCCUUGUCAGGCCCUGAGUUUUUCGACUUCUCCUCGGGAUCAUCCCACGCAGAGAGCAUUCUCCAGAUCUUCAAUGAAUUCCGCGACAGCCGCCUGUUCACGGACGUCAUCAUCUGCGUGGAGGGCCGCGAGUUCCCGUGCCAUCGCGCCGUGCUCUCGGCCUGCAGCAGCUACUUCAGAGCCAUGUUCUGCAACGACCACAGGGAGAGCAGGGAGAUGCUGGUGGAGAUCAACGGCAUCUUCGCCGAGGCCAUGGACUGCUUUCUGCAGUACGUGUACACGGGCAAGGUGAAGAUCACCACGGAGAACGUGCAGUACCUGUUCGAAACGUCGAGCCUGUUCCAGAUCAGCGUCCUGCGCGACGCCUGCGCCAAGUUCCUGGAGGAGCAGCUGGAUCCCUGCAACUGCCUGGGCAUCCAGCGCUUCGCCGACACGCACUCGCUCAAAACGCUCUUCACCAAGUGCCGCAACUUCGCGCUGCAGACCUUCGAGGACGUGUCCCAGCACGAGGAGUUCCUGGAGCUGGGCAAGGACGAGCUGAUCGAUUACAUCUGCAGCGACGAGCUGGUGAUCAGCAAGGAGGAGCUGGUGUUCGAGGCCGUCAUGCGCUGGGUGUACCGCGCCGUGGAGCUGCGCCGGCCCGUGCUCCACGAGCUGCUGACGCACGUCAGGCUCCCCCUCCUGCACCCCAACUACUUUGUUCAGACUGUGGAAGUGGACCAGCUGAUUCAGAAUUCCCCAGAGUGCUAUCAGCUGCUGCACGAAGCCCGGAGGUACCACAUCCUUGGGAACGAGAUGAUGUCUCCCAGAACUAGGCCACGCAGAUCAACUGGUUAUUCUGAGGUGAUAGUUGUGGUUGGAGGCUGUGAACGAGUUGGAGGCUUUAAUUUGCCCUACACAGAGUGCUAUGAUCCUGUGACAGGAGAGUGGAAGUCACUGGCCAAACUUCCAGAGUUUACCAAGUCUGAGUAUGCCGUGUGUGCUCUGCGGAAUGAUAUCCUUGUUUCAGGUGGAAGAAUCAAUAGCCGGGAUGUCUGGAUUUAUAACUCUCAACUUAACAUUUGGAUCAGAGUUGCCUCCUUAAAUAAAGGCAGAUGGAGACAUAAAAUGGCUGUUCUUCUGGGUAAAGUGUACGUGGUGGGAGGAUACGAUGGGCAGAACCGCCUGAGCAGCGUGGAGUGCUACGACUCCUUCUCCAACCGCUGGACUGAGGUGGCUCCCCUGAAGGAGGCUGUGAGCUCCCCAGCUGUCACCAGCUGUGUGGGCAAACUCUUUGUCAUCGGGGGUGGCCCUGAUGACAACACCUGUUCCGACAAGGUUCAGUCUUACGAUCCCGAUACCAAUUGCUGGUUGCUCCGUGCCACCAUCCCCAUUGCCAAGAGAUGCAUCACGGCCGUGUCCCUCAACAACCUGAUCUACGUGGCUGGAGGGCUCACCAAAGCCAUUUACUGCUAUGACCCCAUUGAGGACUACUGGAUGCAUGUACAGAAUACAUUCAGCAGACAGGAGAAUUGUGGCAUGUCUGUGUGUAAUGGAAAAAUCUAUAUCCUUGGUGGAAGACGGGAAAAUGGUGAAGCCACAGACACUAUUCUUUGUUAUGACCCUGCCACAGGCAUUAUCACAGGAGUAGCAGCCAUGCCCAGGCCAGUAUCGUAUCAUGGCUGUGUCACCAUUCAUAGAUAUAAUGAAAAAGGCUUUAAACUGUAACUUUUCUUUUCUUGAAAAAAGAAGAAGAAUGAAUCCAGUGGUCUGCUGCAAGACAGGCUUUUUAAAGAUUCCUGAAGUGGGAAUUCCCUGCCUAAGUGUCAUAUGAAAAUUCUAUCCAGUGCCUUUAGAAAAAGGGUUAAUUUAACUUACCAAACAAGUCUACAAACCUAUCCAGUAAGCAGAGUUCAGUUAUAUCUGCUGUGGGCUCUGAUAUGAGAGCAGGACAGUGGUCAGCAAGUUUGCCUUGUGUGUCAUUAGUAAUUAAAACCUGGAAAGCUUUUGGGGAAAGUGCCUUCAGCAUCUGUGCCUGUGUCUUUAAAAGCAAUAUCUUCAAGGUGUUUCCAGUUCUACUAAUGGGAAAAAUGCAUAGGCAAGUAAAUCCCAAAGAGUCAUCCUGGAUCAUUACCUGCAAUUUAAAAAGCUCAAUUAUAAUUCAUAUGCAUCAUUCUUAAAACCAACUAGAUUUUUUUUGUCACAUCAUGCAUGGGUUGAAAUUAAAAAAACAACACAAAAAGCCAAAGCAAAACCAAAACACCAACAAAACAAGCUACAUUGGACAAAUAAGAGAAUCUCUGAGAAAUGCUUUCUUCUGAAGGACAAACUGGCUGUUUGGUGAGCCACUACAACACAACUGCUGUGAUGCCUGUAUACAUCAACCCUGUGGAACUUACUCAUAGUGCUCAUAAAUGUCCAGCAGAGAAGUACAAGGCUACGUGACAUGGAAAAGCAGUGGGUUCAGGCAUGCACCUGUGAGGCAAAGUUUGAAUCACAGUUUUUACCUUUUUGAAUAGUAUGGGUGAAGGCUGAGAGUUACUGGGUUCACUCUUUGCUCACUGCAAUGUCUAAACUAUUUAGGAAAUAAAGGGAUGUUGAACUCUGCAUUCUCACAGUUUUCUGAAUCAUGUUAUAAAUUCCCUGGUGAUAGAGGUGGGGACUUGAGUUUGUGCCCUACAGGUUAUAAAUUGUUUUUUGGGUGUCUCAUCUGCAGAGAUGGCAGAGUAUCCAGCAAGUAUUUCUUGGCCUUUCUUCAGACAAUCACUUACUGGAGCACAGUUAAACUACUGCAUAAGCUGCUUGGCCACAGAUAAAGAAAUUGUGGAAAGGUUCCUCCUUUCACCAGAAAAAUAUCUGUGGCCCUGUCCAUGUAGCCAUAUGAGGUGUUUUGGGUAAUUCUGAAGCCUAGGAAACACCUGCAUUUUGAUGCACCACCAUUACUGGGUUGAGGUUUUUUCAGUAAAGGUAUUUUUUUAAGUCCUGCCUAGAUUUCUGUACUAGGAUUCCUUAUUUCCAGUACACAGUUGUACAGGUGAGGCACAAAGUUCAUAAAAACUGAAAUAGCACUUGGGAGUUGGAAAAUGAAUAGGAUUGUCUGUGUACCAAUUUCCUGUAAAUCACCAAAAACCUCAGGAUAUGCCUUCCAGAGGAAUUCUGAGGACAGCAGCCAGUAAGGAAAUUGGUCAGUGCCAGGGCAGAAAAACCCCAUGAAACCCCUGCAGAGCCAGCCCUGGCCUCGGGGUUCUGGUCUCUGUGCUUGCUCAGGAGGGUGAAAACAAGCACCAUCUCUGGAACGUUGUUUGUUCCACUGGACUUUCCUCAUCUGUUUUCCCCGAGUAUUUCUUCAUGAGAUGGAAAUUCUGACCCUCAGUGAAGCUAUGCCAAACUGGGAGUCACCAUUUUCAGUAACAUGGUCAUGAGUUUUAAAGAGCACUGGGAGCUGCACUGUGGGAUGCAUUAACUUGUAACCUCAGGAAAGGACAAAUUUCAGUUUCUGGCUGAAUACCAAACACUGCUUUUGAUAUGGUAAGAAUACUGAUAAAAUACAAAUCAUUGCAUAUCAGUGAUGUAAUCAGGAGGUCAGUCCCUGAGCAUUCACAUUGCCCUAAAAAGAAAAUCCAUUGAUAUAAUGUAAGACUAAUGAAUCAGAUAAAUUAAUCCUUUUCUAAGUUUCAUCUGUUUUGCUCACCAAGUUUUACUCUGAAAUGGCAAUUUCAGCCUCUGUGAAUAGGGGUUGUUGAUUGCAAUGGUAAUUGCCCUGUAACUGACUGUAUGUACUAACAGUAUAUAUAGCUUGUGCCAUUGUUGUAAAUAAAAAUGACAAAGACUAUAGGAGCACUUCAUUACAGGUGCAAUUUGAAAAAUACCCUCCUUUCCUUUGAUUUCCUCUUGUUUGUAUUCAGACUUGUAAUGUUGUCAUGCUCUACUGUUUUUAAACAGUGCUCAUUCUGUAGGUAUAGAACAGUGUCAUUUAAUCUGUGUUUAUAAUACUGCACUACUCUGUAAAUAAUAAGAUACUGCUUUCCAAGGUUUUUAAGACUAAUUUUAUCGUUUAGUUGUCUUUUCUUAUCAAUUUAUGUACUGUUACUGUUACCUGUUUUUGAAAAUGACAGUGUUUAAUGAAGCAGUAAAUGCAGAAAUGUAGAUGCAGAAAACUUCUGCUUACAGUUCUUCAGAAUGUGUGUCAAAGCUGAGCAGUUACAGGUGUGGAGCACUGCUAAAUGGCAGUUACUUAAGCAACGAUUUCUUUAAAACAGUCAGUGAGUUUUUCUUCUUGCUUGUUUACUCUGUAAAUAAUUUGCACUUAUGGCCUUCUCUCUUACAACAGUUAUUUUUAGAUAUACUAGGAAAGAACAGUUUGACCUUGAUUUAAUGACAAUGUGCCAUAUUUCUAGAAGGAUGCAUUAAUUUGGAAGUUGCAUUCCUGAGCCACUUGUUCUCCAAUGCAUUUCACUUAGGUAGAGAUGGAUUCAAAGAUUUAACCUCUCACUCUUAUGCAUAUCUAGAUUGCAGUUUAUGGGCUUGAGCAGCAAGUUGGUUUUAGUUUUUCCUUUGUCUCAGCUAGGAUAGAAAAUCAUUAAUGUCAUCUACUAUAAUCAAAUUAUUUCCAUCAUAAAUGGUAGUAGCUCUAGGGCACCUGCACAAAGAUGUAACUUCAGUCCAACUGUACAUAUGAGGGCUCAAACAUCUCCAAGUCACACCUAAAAAAUAAAUUCUAAAAAUUAUCUUUACUCUGCUAAACAGAAAUGAGUAAAUAUUUUUCUUCUCUGUUUUGAUGUCCACUUCUGUUCUUAGCAGUGUGAUGUUAAUUGAAAAGACAGUUGAUGCUUUCUUGCAUCAGGCUUCUGGAAGGUUCUGAAUCACUUACUGAUCAGUGCAGCCUGUAGCCCUUGGCUGAAGCAUUCCCCUUUUACAGCCAUCAGCCACAGAACACUGCCUGCUCAUCUGGUAGUUGUAGCUGUAGACUCCUUCCUUGGGAGUGGUUCAGCAGGCACAAUCUGUGGAAUCUCUUCCAUUUUAUGCUGUGUGUCUGGGGGAUUGGGCACUGUGCUUCCCCUCCAGCACCAAGGGGUCCAGACUGUACUGGUAUUUUUUUCUUUUGACUGGCACCAAUGCAGUUCUCAUCAAAGGUAGCUUUGUUUGUAUUCUGCUGAAGCAGAGAUGUGCAUGCAGAUUAUGUUGAUAUGGACCCUUAUCAUAAUUUAGUGAAGCUUUUUAAAUAGCAUUGUUAACAUGGCAAAGUUUGAGAGAGGCUGAUGGUGGAGGAGGAGGAAAUGCUCACGUGGACAGAGAUUCAGAGGAAGCUUUGGUCACCUGUGCCUGAGAGCAAGGAUGCUGCUGCCUGUUCAGUUCUUCCUCAGACAGCUGAGUUCCCCUCAUUCUCCCAGGCAGACACUUUGUCCUGUUUGUGUUUGCCUUGCUGCACGGACAGGACAAGCAGCACUCCCUGCCUGUGACUCCACGUUUCCCCCUGCCCGAGGCACAGGGGUGCUGCUCAGCAGAGCCCGGGCUGAGGCCAGCCCUGGGGAGCAGGGACAGGAGAAAAGCAUUGGAGCAGGCUCAGAGGUGGCAGGAGGACACCCAGCGUGGUUGGGGGUUCAGUUUGGCUGGGCUUGCUGAAACCAGGGUGUCCUAAGUUUGCAAUUCCAGAUGCUGAAACUCAGGUGGUAAAAAUGGUUCAUAUUUGUCAAUUCACUGAACUCAGCUGGAGCAGUAAAGAUGCAGACACGGCAGUGGUGUGCUAGUGGCAAUGCUCAGGAAAGCCAGGGCUUCGUUUUUCUGAAUUGCCCAAAUAGCAAGUUGCUGUGGGGUUCUUUUUUACCACUGAAGAGGGCAAAACCCAAUUCAAGAGCAUUAAGAAUCUCACAGGACUUGAUCAUUGUGAGGCACAAUGAAUAUUUUCAUCUGAAUGUAGUCUUAUGUACACAAGAAAUGACAAAUGAAAUGAUUUGUUGUGCCUGGUUAAGGAAAUCUGAGCACCAUAUACUCAGAAAAGGAGCCUAGAGGGUUUGUAAGCAGAAACCUGCUCUCUGGUUGGGGGCUGAGCAAUGCUUUGGGUUUUGUAAUAUAUGUUUAGCAUACAAGUUUCCUCAGUGUGGAAUUAUUUCAGAUGGCAAUAAUUAAAGUGGAACACGAUUGUGUAACCAGCAGCCUCCCACCAGGCCCAAGCCAGCUGUGACUGUUCCCUGCUCGCUGCCUUUGUGUCACACACAAGUUCAUGAAAACAUUACUGUCUAAGAACUGUAAGCUGUUUGCAGGAAUAUUCCUUUUGUCCUACUGUAGAGAUCCAGUCAAUGCUAGUGUGUUUAUGUGUGCACAUCUGUAUGUGAAUUAUUUUGUGAUCAUUCUCUGAUAAAGGCCCUGCGUACAACUUGUUAACAGUGUAAUUAGGGCUUAGUUUGUAUGAUUAGCUCCAAAGAAAAUACUGUGUGUUAAUUUUGAAAAUACCUGUGCCUUGAAUUCACCUGUAUUUUUAUCUGUUGUGAAGAAGAGCUUGGAUUACUCCUCCCAGUUUGUUAUCUUUAUUAUGAUUGUUCUGACUGUCCAGACUGUUAAUGUCCUCCUAGGAGAAAUAAAUCUUGCCAUUCAUUAAUUAGCACAGUUAAACUUCUUGUUUAGAACAUGCCUAGAAUGCUUCCAUUAUUACAGUGCUAUGGCAGAUUUCAUCUAGAGAAAUCAGCAUUUGUUUUUUUCUAUUUUUUGUUUCCAGCAACGCCUCAAUGACAAAGGACUGAGUUUAGUCUUUGACUUCCUGUCCUUAACAUGUGCAGUUUCUUGUAUUAGUCAGUAGCCUCUGUGAUAUUUCUGAACUCUCCAAAGUCAUCAACCUCUUGUUCAAGAUACAAAAUAUGAAGCAAUAAUAUGGUGCAGCAUGGCAAUAAGCAAAUCAAGAGACUUGAAUGUAAUGUACUGUUACUAAUUUCAUCUGUGUAAAUGCUGGACCUAUGAGUCAUUCUCCUUUUGGUGCACCUGUAGCACUUUGGAGUUGGAUUAAUAGGAACUACUUGGCCAUGGAAAGAGAGUUUACCUCCUGAACUGUUACUCAUGAUAUUUUCGCCUGAAAUCAUAUUUUCAUUUUCCUUUUUUUGCUGAGGAAAACAGCAGUUCUUGUUAUUCCUUGCCAGUUCCUUUAUUUACUGAAACAUAAAAGCUGUAGUUCCACGGAGAGCUGAUCUUGCCCUCAGGAACAGCCUGGUGCAGCACAAAUGACAUUUGAGCAGGAAAGCUCAGACCACUUACUGUGUGCCAGAGUCGAUGUAACAGAUCUCACAUAUAACAUUAAGGUCUUCAGAUUGUGCUGACAGUAGAAAAGUGAUUUUGUAAUGUAGCACAAUUGCAGUAACACCUGUUAUAUUUAAAUAUACUUCUUGCAUAAUUCUUUGAAAGUUUUUUAAAGUUCAGUGUAUCUAAUAAACAUUUGCCUUUUGAAUAGUU